UCGCAAUGGACCCCGGAUAACAUGAAGCAGAGAAACGAGAGCUCGAAGCUCUUGCAGCUCUCAAAUAUCCAAUAUCCCUUGUGACUUUGAAGCAAUACAGCGCUUGAAGCUUUGCAAGCACUUUAUACCCAUUGGACACCAUUUCAUCUCUCUGCUCUGAGUCUGAUAUUGCUAAGAUCUUUGACAUCUUAAAACAACCUCCUUUAAACUUCGUUCUAUACAAUGUCUGUCCCCCGAUCAGAGUACCUGAGCACUGUCUGGAAGGAUGGCAUCUUUGCCAACCGCGUACUAUUCAUCACGGGCGGUGCAGGCUCCAUCGGCAGCGCGCAGACCCGCGCCAUGGUUCAUCUCGGAGCCGACGCCUGCAUCAUCGGCCGCAGCGUUGAGAAGACAGAAAACGCCGCCAAGGAGAUUGCCAAAGUCCGGAAUGGCGCCCGAGUCAUCGGGAUCGGCAACGUUGAUGUCCGGAGUUACGACUCCCUCAAAGCCGCUGCCGACCGCUGCGUAACGGAGCUCGGCAGCAUCGACUAUGUCGUCGCCGGCGCGGCAGGCAACUUCAUCGCCCCCAUCGCCGGGCUCUCCCCCAACGCCUUCAAAGCCGUCAUCGACAUCGACACGAUUGGCACCUUUAACACCAUCAAGGCCACGAUGCCCUACCUCGUAGAGUCUGCCGCUCGCAAUCCCAAUCCGAAUGAUGCCGGCACCACCGGCGGCCGCUUCGUCUCUACUUCCGCCACGUUCCACUACACCGGAAUGCCCCUCCAAUCCCACGUCUCUGCCGCCAAGGCCGCCAUCGACGCCCUCAUGGGCUCGGUCGCGCUCGAGUACGGCCCGUUUGGCGUGACUGCCAACAGCAUCGCCCCCGGUGCGAUUGAGGGAACAGAAGGGAUGGAAAGGCUGGCCUCUUCCAAGCUGGACCCGAAGACGAGGACGAAGGGCGUGCCGAUUGGUAGAUGGGGAUCGGUGAGAGACAUCGCCGAUGCGACUGUGUAUGUCUUUAGCGAUGCGGGCAACUAUAUCAACGGGACAACCCUCGUGGUGGACGGCGCGGGGUGGAGGAGGCAAGGCGCCGCGGCGGUGGGCGUGGACGACGACAUGCAGUACCCUGACUUUUUGCUCGCUGGUACGAUUAGCAAGCAUCUGAAGAGCGGGAGGAAGGAGAAGGCCAAGAUGUAGGGCUCUGGGAUCAUGUUGAGGUGUGUUCCAAUUGCACAAAGCGAGAGCGAUCUUUUGGCAAAGAUUUGAUUUGAUCUUUUCUUCUCGGUGUACUGCACAACUGCUGUCUCGGAACGUGUGAUCACCAGACUUGAACCGGAACAGACAAAUGUCACAAUGUAGGAUUAUGCCACUCCAUCGGAGACGACAUUCAAUUUGGUGUAUGCAGCGUGGCAAGAGGCGCUGGCGUUGAAACACGAACCAAGACACAGAUAAGAAUGGGACAGAAAAUCCAUGAUUAAGAUUAAUUAAGUAUAUACGUGACCGAAGUACCUCCAUCAUUCUUCAGCAGCCGCUUCAUGUUAUAAAAAGCU